UUUCACUGUCGUCCACGUCUGUUGACACCUGACCUGCUCCCUGACCUCACUGACCUGUAGACACGUGAGCUUCAUGCAUUGGAGCCUCCUGUACUUCAUGUAUGUGUGUGGGGAGGGGCUUGCAUCCUCAUGUGAGCAUCGCUGCUGUCGUUCCUGUACUUGAUGUAUGUAUGGAGGAGGAGCUUGCAUGCUCAUGUGAGCAUCGCUGCUGUCGUUGGUUCUUCACUCUCUCCUGCUAUAUAUCUCCCUCUCCACACGUGCAGACUACCAGCAGUUGUCAACCUCUCCUCGUCGCAGACGAUGCUUUCCUCGGGAUAUACUGCCACUAACAGCUUUCUCACAAAGACCAUCUCCGGGUUGGACAUACAGGUGCAUUGGACUACUGGUACUUCACAACGGUUAUCUUGACCAUCCACAUCCAUCAUCCCUUUAUUUAAUAUUGUUAAGAAGUGCUUUACCCACCCUCUUCACUGAUUUGGUCCACUACAGGCUGUCUUCUGUUUCUCCUCAUCACCUCCCAGAACUCCUUUGGUUUGUUGACUGCAUUUUCUAGAGACUUGAUUUUUAAAGGUGGAUACAAUGCUGCGAUUCUUUAUAUUUCUACUCUCACUCUCUCCUUUUGUGUCGAUGGAGGGGACAGAAAGCCAGUGGAGGUCUGUGUCGGCUUCAUGGUGUCACCUCUCGUCAUUCCCCUCACAGUGGUCUCCUAAGACGAGCAAAGGCUGGACUCACUACCAGAGAUCAUGCAACUCCAUUUUUGCCUCACACGAUAACUGGUACAACUUAUUGUGUAACAGCAAAAUUGAUUGUACUGACAUAAACAGCGACUGUUUGUCAGGACGAUGUCUAUGUCGUCCAGGCUUCAUGUUCAAUCAAGCAAAGAAGGAGUGUGUUUUUGCAAGCGACUGGCGCAAUAAAAACUGCUCGACUGACGACCACUGCGAUGUGCACCACGCCACGUGCUUCAAGCGCAAGUGUCGGUGUGAAGACGGCUACUUCUACACCACACACGACACGUGUACUAGCACUUGUAGCCCAGACGACUUGCAGGACAGCUUCACAGACUAUCCUGACAGCGCUCUACGUGAAAACCUCAUUGGUAGCGAGGAUGGACUCACUGUGGAAGACUGCAAGGACAGGUGCCAGACAAACAAGCGUUGCCUUACCUUUGAUUUCAAAGCCAGUGGAGGUCAGUGUCGUCUCCAUAAUGUCACCGCUCAUGAGCGUCCCUCCGACUGGUAUCCUAAGACGAGCAAAGGCUGGACCCACUACCAGAAAUCCUGCAACUCCACUUUUGCCUCAAACGAUACCUGGUACAACUUACUGUGUAACAACAGGAUUGAUUGUCAUCACCCACACAGCGAUUGUUUGUCAGGACGAUGUCUAUGCCACUCAGGAUUCCACUUUAAUCAAGCACAGAAGGAGUGUGUUAUUACAAGGAAAUGUGCACACUUGGUGGCAACAGGCGCCAAGAGUGGUGUGUACACCAUUCAGCUACCAUACAGCAACAGACCUGUGUCAGUGUGGUGUGAUAUGGACACUACGACCGGCGGCUGGACGGUCUUCCAGAGACGUCGCCUCACCGUAUAUAACCCAGAUGAGUUUGCUGACUUCAACCGGAACUGGACAGAAUAUGUAAACGGGUUUGGUAACAUCUCUGGAGAGUUCUGGCUGGGCCUAGACGCGAUUCGCGCCCUGUCAUGGUAUGGAGAUAAUACGAUCUUGAGAGUGGACCUGGUGGAUUGGAUUGGGACACAUCACUGGGCGGAAUACUACUCUUUCUAUUUGAUGGGUCCUGACAAAGACUACAAACUUUACACGUGGUACUACUCGGGUACCGCAGGAGAUGCGUUGAAAGUUAAUUCCGGAAAUCCGUUUCGAACCUCUGACCACAACCAGUACCAUUGUGGCUUAACUAUUGACGACGGCUGGUGGUACCCGAGUGCCUGUGAUGACAGCUUUAAUGACCUCAACAGCUUUUACAAAGAAGGAAUGACCUGGGCUGACAUCAGCCGCCUGCAGUUCUCGGAGAUGAAGAUAAAGCCAUGGAACUAAUAACACCACCUUGUCUCCUGUACUCACUGUUUACACCGCUAGUCGACUGUUCACUGUUCACUACAGGUUCCACUGAUGAUGUGAGCUCAGUGUACAUUAAUCUUUCUCAAUAGUCUAGCAUCUGACCCUAGUGCAGACUACUUACUGUACUUUAAUUGUUUACUUUGAGUAUAUUGCCUGGUGAUUCUAUUAUACACGUGUUGUAUUAUUUCUUUAAGAUUUGUAUGUACUUGGAUAAGCUAACAUGUUUACAAACAUAAGGUCUAAGUUUAAUUAAUUAAUUUUGCAUUAAUUGUGCCUGGGUUGUAGUAAACGUGUCAUGAACUGUAGCUAUACACCUGAUAGUUUGUAGACAACGUGUCAUGAACUAUAUAUUAGCUAUACACCUGAUAGUUUAUAGUAAAGGUAUCAUGAACUAUAUAUUAGCUAUA